GUGAGAUUUGUAUGGGAGGAGUAUGUAUUGAAUAUUCAAGGAUUUUCGUUUUAGUUACGGCAUUUUUCGUGCCAUGCUUCACGUCUGCGUAAGUACUGUGAAUAUCUUCAACUUUACGGGAUCGUACAGUGAAAACGUUGUCGCAACGUUGCGGAAUAUUUCUUUCCCGUUGGAGGACAUGCUUGAAAAGUGUUCCUGGAAAGGAGUCGCAAUAGACUGUGGCGAGAUAUUCUCCGAGAUUGUAACGGAUGAAGGUGUUUGCUAUAAUUUCAACAUUUUAACAGCUAAAGAUCUGCUAAGAGUCGAGAAUCUGGACCCAACUUACGAUUCCGUUGAUUCUAGUAGAAUUUCUUCGCUUUGGUCCAACGAGGAAGAGUACACGAGGUAUUCCGGAUCUGACGUGUAUCCCCGCCGAGCUCUUGGAGCUGGGGUCAAGGCUGGACUUUCGGUGGUGAUGAAGACGCGGAAAUCCGAGGUGGAACACGUCUGUAGAGGCGGUAUGGAUGGAUUCAAGGUACUACUACACUCUCCGGAUGAGUUUCCGAUGGUCAGUGAGUUCUACAUGAGACUACCUUUGGGCAAGUCCGCUGCCAUGUUCUUGAAACCUCAGCUGACUAAGGUGGUUGGCAGUUUGGAGAGUGAGAGCUUUGAGAGACGUCAAUGCUUCUUCAACAGCGAUCGCAAGCUGAGAUUCUUCAAAGUGUACAACCAGAACAACUGUCACGUAGAGUGCAUCACCAACUACACCUUCGGCAAGUGCGGUUGCAUCAAGUUCUCAAUGCCUCACGCGCCAGAUAUGAAGAUUUGCAACUCUUCUCAGAUUGAGUGCUACCAACACGGGUUGGUAGCCAUCAAUGAACGUUCGAUCCGACUCCAACUGCAAGGAUCUUCCAAGUAUCGCGUCUGCAACUGCCUACCUGCAUGCUACGAACUGGUCUACAAUAAGGAAAUCUCCUACACCCCUUACAACGCCGAAGCUCAGGCAACCUCCAAAAACGAAUCCUCAAAUGACAUCUCAGACUUCUACCACUCCCAGCUGCUAAUAGCCAUGAAGACGGAUCGAACGCUCCCGUUGACGCGCUGUCGCUUGAACAGCAUCUCCGAUAUCCUCGCCAACCUGGGCGGAAUCUUUGGCCUGUUCAUCGGAGGGACCACCAUCAGCCUGGUAGAAAUCGUCUACUUUUGCUGCAUGCGCUCCGUACGAGUAGCCAUCACGCAGCACCGACUCCACCCAGCAACCCCCAAGGUGUUUCCUUGGGUGCCGUAACGACUUCGACUACGGCCAGAACCUACAAAUG